AUGACAAACAAAGAGAAUAAUAAUGGGCAUCACGUAUUUGUAAAUCUACCUUUUAUAUUAUUAAAUAGAAUCAUUGUAGAGUUGGAUGAGAAUAUAGAUAUCAUUUGUUUCAGUUUAGUUUGUAAGAGAUGGUUUGAUCAUAUCGAUAAGUAUCUAUGUUUCGACACCAAACAAUUGACGAAGCUACACAAUUUAUCAUUACAAGAUAUCAAUAACAAGUGUUUUCGAUUGAACUCUUAUCGGAAUGCAUUUUCGAAAUCGAUUGAUCGAAUAUCAUCAGAUUGUACAGUCUUCAUAUACAAUCACAAUGAUCACCCAGAUUUAGUCAAGUUUAAAGAACUUAAAGAAUUUCCUUUUACAGAUUAUAUUAUAACAAUAGAUGAAUUCAAAAGUAGUAUUUUAGAUGCAAGCAUCUCAAAAGUUAUUUUUGAUAGUGAUAUCAAGCUUGACCAUGACAUUAUCGAUGUAUUAAGUCGAUCUAAUAAUGUACAUACCAUUCAAAAUCUUCUGCGAAACGGCAUGCCAGAGUCUGACAAUGAUAAUGAACAAUUUCAGUUACCGUCUAAUAUUAAAAAGAUCAAAUUGGUUCCACUGAUGGUACCAUCGAUUUAUCCAAAGCAAUUGGAAUCACUUGACAUCUAUUUAGAGCAGCCCUUAUUUAGGUUAUCAGUUCUACCUCGAUCACUUAAAUCGUUUAGGGUCAUUGGCUACAAAACCAAAACAAUUGAUUUUAGUGACCUCCCACCGAAUCUAGAGACUUUUUUAUUUACAAUCAGAGAUGUCAAUGCUUUGAAUCAAACUUUUAUGUUACCAUCAACGUUGAAGGCAGCCCAAAUUCCGAUUAGGUGGCUGAAGAAUAUCAAGUGCUCACAUUCUAUUCAUACCCUUUAUCUGCAAUCGGACACCGAUAAUGAUCAGAUUGAAACCGGUGAUAUUCCAGAGAGUGUAACCAGUUUGACUUUCAGUGGCAUAUUGAAAAUCAACAGAAACAUACUGCCUUCCGGUCUUAGAUAUUUGCGGUUAUUGAACCAUGUCGGUCUAGACAAUGAUACACUCCUAUCAUUGGAACAUCUGGAAACAUUGGAUCUAUCAUUCAUUCGAGCGGAUGUUACUCAAUUGAUCUAUCCAAACAGUUUGAAGCAUCUUUAUCUUCCUUUGAAGAAUAAGAGUUGCUUGAUGCUUCCACCGUCAUUGGAAUUAUUGUCUGCCUAUAGUUUAGAUAAUUCUCUAAUUCCUAAAUCAGUUACUCAUUUUGAUUUCGAUUACAUAUCACUGAUUGGUCAAGUUUUAAAAUUAUCAUAG